GGAUCCCCCGGGUUUUGUUGUUGCCACAACACCGUUGACGUCAUAUCCGGUGUCUCUCCCUGCCCCAGUCGGUGUCAAUGCUGCUCUGCCGAAGUUCGCAGUUGAACUUGCUAUGCCUGCUGCGGAGAAGCUGAGGGGAGCAUACCGACGCCGUUAACUCUCGGGGACAGCGACAUAAAGUGACUCGGACUGCUGGGGCUCGUAUUAGCGGAUGAUGUUUUCCUUAUCGAUGUCUGUUCAGCCACAGGUGACUCUACCUCUCAGUCACCUCAUCAACAUCCUUCACCCCCUGAAGAGCUCAGUGGGAAGCAGCAGCAGCGCCACCUGCACGUCGAGAAAGCAAAAGGAGCGUGCCCCGGAUGCAGACCUGCACCGUACAGAGUAUGCGCUGUCCGCCGGGAACCUCCGGGAGCUCGGUUUGUCCGACCUUGGAAAGCAGCAGCUGGACGAGCUGGUGAGCCAGGUGUUGCCACGCUUGAGCCCGCAGGAGGCGCCCCCUCCGACCUGGGGACCGUCGGCAUGGAGGACCUCGCACCUCUCCUCGCACUCCUUUUUCCUCAAUAAGCACGGCUUUUCGUUGGGCGCCUUGCCCCUGAUGCCUCCUGUUUACUUAAACAAGCGCCCGUCUCCCCUUCAGAUGGUCUGCACAGAGCUGAAACACUGUCCAGCGUUGUUUCAGAGCAGAGGCUUCAAAACUCUGAGGACCAAAACCAGGCGAGUGCAGUCGGCCUUCGAACGGCCUGCCGACUCCGAGACUUUCGCACCGUCUUUUAUCAAGGGUUUCCUGAUGCGCGGGAAGGGGCUGGAGGCUGACAGCCUGGACGGUCUGGUGAGGAACAAGAACAUACCUGAUGGACAGCAGGAGGCGUUCAAGAGGGGCUUCGCCGAGGGUUUCCUCAGAGCUCAGGCGCUGACGCAGCGCACCCAAGACUCUCUGAGGAGAACUCGUCUGUUCCUGCUGGUCCUGCUUCUGGUCGGGCUCUACGGCAUCUCCAAGACUCCGUUCAUAUCCGUGCGCUUCCGAACAACAACAGGCCUGGACUCAGCCGUGGACCCGGUGCAGAUGAAAAACGUGACGUUCGAGCACGUGAAGGGCGUCGAAGAAGCCAAAAACGAGCUGCAGGAGGUGGUGGAGUUCCUGAAGAACCCGCAGAAGUUCACGGCCCUUGGAGGAAAGCUGCCAAAGGGCGUUCUGCUCAUUGGUCCUCCAGGGACAGGAAAGACUCUGCUGGCCCGAGCCGUGGCCGGAGAGGCCGACGUGCCGUUUUACUACGCCUCUGGUUCAGAGUUUGACGAGAUGUUUGUUGGCGUUGGAGCGAGUCGCAUCAGGAACCUUUUCAGGGAGGCUAAAGCUAACGCGCCGUGUGUGAUCUUCAUCGACGAACUGGACAGCGUGGGAGGAAAAAGGAUCGAGUCUCCUAUGCACCCUUACUCCAGACAGACUAUCAACCAGCUGCUUGCCGAGAUGGACGGGUUUAAACCUAAUGAGGGGGUGAUCAUCAUUGGAGCAACUAACUUCCCAGAGGCUCUGGAUAACGCGCUGAUCCGCCCAGGGCGCUUUGACAUGCAGGUGACCGUACCCAAACCAGACGUGAAGGGACGGACGGAGAUUCUCAACUGGUACCUGAAGAAGAUCAAAGUCGAUCCAGCCAUUGAGGCCAACAUCAUCGCCCGGGGAACAGUCGGAUUCUCUGGUGCCGAUCUGGAAAAUCUGGUGAACCAGGCCGCCUUGAAGGCAGCAGUCGAUGGCAAAGACAUGGUCACCAUGAAGGAGCUGGAGUUCGCGAAAGACAAAAUCCUCAUGGGCCCUGAGAGAAGGAGUGCAGAAGUAGACCAGAAGAACAAGCUCAUCACGGCGUACCAUGAGUCUGGUCACGCCAUCGUAGCGUACUACACCAAAGACGCCAUGCCGAUUAACAAGGCCACCAUCAUGCCCAGAGGCCCGAGCCUGGGACACGUUUCCAUGCUUCCGGAGAACGACAGGUGGAGCGAGACCCGCACUCAGCUUCUGGCUCAGAUGGACGUCAGUAUGGGCGGCCGUGUGGCAGAGGAGAUUAUUUUUGGCCACGAAAACAUCACAACAGGCGCGUCGAGCGACUUCGAUAGCGCCACCAGGAUUGCUAAGAUGAUGGUGACCAGAUACGGGAUGUGUGAGAAGUUAGGCGUGAUGACGUACUCCGACCUGACAACCCAAAGUCCGGAGACACAAGCCGCUGUGGAGCAGGAAGUCAGGGUUCUGCUGAAGGACUCCUACGAGCGUGCCAAAUCUCUGCUGAGGUCUCACGCCAAGGAGCACAAGAACCUGGCCGACGCUCUGCUCAUGUAUGAGACGCUGGACGCCAAAGAGAUUCAGCUGGUCCUGGAGGGCAAAACGCUGGACAGCAGAUAAAACCAGCAGGGACACAGCCGGGGAACGAUCGGGGGAGUGGGAUGCAUACAUUUUCAAAGAGAAUUAAAUCAGAGGCAUCCGUCCAUAGUGUCUCCUUUUAAAAAAAAAAGUGCUCCACUUUAUAGCCUCAUGACUUCGUGGAACCUCCCAAACAGUUCACGCUGAUUCUUGGAGCAAAGACUCAUCGUCGUCGGCAUGGUGCAGGUCUUUUUUUCUUUUCUUUUUGAACCUCGUGGUACCGACGUGUGGAACGCCUUUACAUAAAUAAAUCUUUUACGGCAGGGUCAUAAUCUCACAUUGAAAUUUGCAGGGGACAAAAUAUCAACUUUAAUUUAUUUGUAUUUAUUCUGUGGGAGGAAAAUAAUCCACAUUAAAUUUUAACUCAAUCAUCAAUGACAUAUUGGAGAGAAAUCUUGGAACAGAUUAUCUAGAUCCUGGAGUGUCGGUGAGCCUUUUACAGCCCUAUGAAUUAUUAUUUGUAUUAUUAUUAUUAAAGUUAUCUAUAUUUUUCUUGCUUGAGCAAGGACAGGCAGUUGAUGUGUUUGUGGUUUAGAUGUUUAUUUGUAUUAUUUUAAGGGUGACAUUUUUGCUGAUGAACGAGUUCUCAAAAAUAGAUGCAGAUUAUUGUCUACUAACCGCAUUUACUUUUAUUAUUAUUAUUGUUCCACAGUGAAUUAGAUAAACAUCAAGUCAUGUAAAUAGGGUAGAAACCAACCAGCACAAAAAGAUGACAGAAAUUAUGAGUCGUUCUUACAAAAUUCAGACUUUGUCUUGUUUAAAAUUUGUAUCUUUUUCGAUGGAUGCUGAUUUUGUUUGGGGAAUUUUCCUUUUCUCGCUAAAAUAAAUAGAACUCAAACUGAA